AUAAACUAAUAUAUAUGUACGUGCACAAUUUCAAUGGAAUAAACAAUCUUUUUGUAGUAGAGUAGUAGUAAACAACAUAAUCAUAAAGGUAUGAGUGUGGAAAAGGCCGAAAAGGCCAAGAUCAGUGCCCAAAUCAAGCACGUACCGAAGGACGCGCAGGUGAUCAUGUCCAUCCUCAAGGAGCUGAAUAUUCAGGAGUACGAGCCGCGCGUGGUCAACCAAAUGCUGGAGUUUACCUUCCGCUAUGUCACCUGCAUUCUGGACGACGCCAAGGUGUACGCUAACCAUGCACGCAAGAAGACCAUCGACAUGGACGACGUGCGUCUGGCCACCGAGAUGACGCUGGACAAGAGUUUCACCGGACCGCCGGCGCGUCACGUUCUGGCCAAGGUGGCCGACGUACGAAACGGCAUGCCCCUGCCACCCAUCAAGCCGCACUGCGGUCUUCGACUGCCGCCCGACCGCUACUGCCUCACCGGCGUCAACUACAAGCUGCGAGCCACCAAUCAACCCAAGAAAAUGACCAAGUCGGCAGUUGAGGGGCGUCCGCUAAAGACCGUCGUUAAACCCGUCUCCAGCGCCAAUGGCCCAAAGAGACCGCACUCUGUGGUGGCCAAGCAGCAGGUGGUGACCAUUCCCAAACCCGUUAUCAAGUUUACCACCACCACAACGACAAAAACGGUGGCCAGCGCCGGUGGCUCUGGUGGCGGCGGUGGUCUGGAGGUCAAGAGCGAGCCCAGUGGCUCCGGCGGAGAUCUCAAGAUGGAGGUAGACAGCGAUGCGGCGGCUGUGGGCAGCAUCGCUGGCGGAUCCGGUUCAGGAGCGGGAAAUGCCAGCGGGGCAGGAGGUUCAUCUGGAGUAGGAGUGGCCGUCAAGCGGGAGCGCGAGGAAGAGGAGUUUGAGUUUGUAACCAACUAGCGAAACGACAUCAUUUACCUUAAAUUAAUAUUCGUAAACCAGACCAAAGCAUUUGCAUUUGGUUGAGGGGUUCAGGGGAACUAAAUUUGAAUUUUAAUGAGAUAUCCAAAAAACCUUAGUAUAGAUUCCCCCGUUAAUGAUUAUGAAAUCUACGUUUUAUACAUAAAUACAACUAUCAGAUGUUCAUAUUAAA